AUGACGCGUUCCAUCGCGCCGAUUGCGGCGGCGGAUGUGCGUCGUAUCGCUGGUGCACAAGUGGUGCCGGAUAUGCGUGCGGCCGUGAAAGAGCUUGUGGAAAACGCGCUUGAUGCUCAAGCUACCAGCAUUGAGCUACGAUUUAAAGAAUACGGUCUCGACUCUAUCGAAGUGGUAGAUAAUGGCGCGGGCAUUACCAAGGAGAAUUAUGCUGCCUUGUGCCAGCGUCACCAUACAUCCAAGCUCGCGACAUUCGAGGAUCUGGCGCGCGUAGAGACGUUCGGAUUUCGUGGCGAGGCCCUGGCGUCAUUAUGUACGGUAGCGCGCGUCACGAUCAUUACAGCCACACAAACGGAGGCGCCCAUGGGCACGGUCCUCGAGUUCGAUCAUCAGGGCGUGCUUAUCGCACAAGACAAGCGCCAGGCAAGAUCCCGUGGUACGACAGUCAUUCUGCGAGACUUGCUAUCGAAUCUACCGGUCCGCCGACGCGAAUUAGAGAAGCAUGUUAAGAGAGAGUAUAACAAAGCUCAUACCAUGCUACAAGCGUACGCACUCAUUACUCAAAAUGUGCGCUGGUCGUCCUGUGUUCAGUUGGAGAAUGGAAGGCAGGUAUCCCAGCUGGUUAUGCGCUCUGCCUCCGGACCCAACGCCAUCCAAACGAAUAUGUCGGCUCUGUUUGGUACCAAGGCCAGUGCUGCAGUGCAGCCAUUGGAUUUGGAUAUUUCUUUGGAUGAGCCUGCGCGCUUUCAAGGUGUUAUUUCCAAACCGACCAUGGGACUAGGACGCAGCAGUGGUGACCGGCAGUACUUUUACCUCAAUGGACGACCUUGGGACUGUACCAAACUCGCUCACAUAUGCAAUCAAGUGUACCGAACCUUUAAUGCGACGCAAUACCCCACGGUGAUUGCCAAUCUCAUUAUCGGCCCCGACAAGUACGACGUAAAUGUAAGUCCAGAUAAGCGCACGCUUUAUGUGCAUGAUGAAACUGCACUACUUGAGCGGAUCCGUGAAUUGCUGGAAGACACUUUUUCGCCGAGCCGUGGCGUAUUUGCCGUGGACGAACCUAAAAAGCGUGACGCGCCGCCGUCGUCACCUGAGCCUGCCAAGAUGCCACGAACGCAAGAUAACAUAUCUACACAAGGAGCUCCCUUGGCUUCUUCACCAUCUUCUGAGCCGAUCCAAAGCAGUUUUCAAGACCAGUUCCGCCGCGCGGUGGUGAAUUUUGCGCGGCAUACCAAUACUUCUCUGGAAUACGAAGAGGCAUCAGAUGAAGAGAUGGACGCCGUACAGCAGCUCGAAGAUUUUGAGCCAGAGCAUGUAUCAGAAGAUGCUGUACUAGCACCCGAUGUCUGUCCUGACUAUGACCUUCAACACGAUGAGGUACAGAGUGGUGUGGCCUUCCAGGACGACGACGAGGAGCACGAUCGGCAUAGCAUUGAUUGCCGUGACAGAGAGGAACGCCAUGAAUACGAUGAACAGACCCAAGAACGCAUUUCCCAGGAACGCAUCUUACAUGAACAGGCAUGCGAGCAUACCCACGAAAGCGAGGAUACAGACAAUGACCGGGUGCCUAUGGAGGAACCUGUCCCGCCACAGCCAGAUACCCAGACCUAUACACGCUCGCUGAGGCAGAGCGAGUCCGAAGAACACAGCUCCGCACCCUUGGAGAGUAUUUCAUUCGAUUGGUCCACUUUAUCGCAUCGCAAAGCUCAGGCAGGCGUGGCGCCUGAGCCCACAGCCAUGACAGGCGCCGAUGUGGGGCAGCCUGAUGCCCAGGCUGCAGCCGUGAUGGAGCGCGUCAUUCCCAAGUCCGACUUUCGAACGAUGAGCGUGGUGGGGCAAUUUAAUCUUGGAUUCAUUAUCGCGCGCCGCGAGACGGCAUCCAUGGACGAUUUGUUCAUUAUUGAUCAGCAUGCAGCAGAUGAGAAGCACAAUUUUGAGGAUCUGCAAAAGAACCUGCGCAUAUACUGCCAGCGGCUUGUCGUGCCACAACGCGUCGAAUUAGCCCCAAGCGAUGAGCUUGUCGCACGCGAACACCAGGAUUGGCUGCGCAUAAAUGGCUUUGACAUGGCCCUCGAUGAGUCGUCCCCGCCUGGCUCACGUGUUCGCCUGUUGUCCAAGCCCAUAAGCAAAGGUACCGUCUUUGAUGUUCACGACUUUGAAGAGCUCCUUCACCUAUUGCGUGAUGCACCUGCUGGUCGCAUCAACCGCGUGCGGUGCAGCAAGGUGUACGAUAUGCUGGCUAGCCGAGCUUGCCGAAAGAGCAUCAUGAUUGGCACAGCUUUGCAAAUGCGCAAAAUGCAGUCUGUCGUGCACAAUAUGGCGGACACUGAUCAGCCCUGGAACUGCCCACACGGUCGACCUACCAUGCGCCAUCUCACAACGCUGCGCUCACCACGCAUGCCGCGUCCCAUUGCAUGGUCGACCAUCGGGCUAUUGUAG